AUGAAGAUAAGCGUGUACGAGAAACUCCUUACGAAACUCAUACCUAGCCAAAGUCCUGACGUACAGCAGGCAAUCAGAAACGCACUGCUCGAGAAUCCUACACUAGCUGAAGAAGAUUUCUCAAUGUCGGAUGAAAACUCACCGUCUGCCGAAGAGAUAAUCGAGGAUGAAAAUUCCGUUACAUUAGCAGUUGCCUCUCCACUACGAGCGUAUUCCGGACGCCGGAAACCAGUGGAGUGUGGAGCAUCACCCAAGCAAUUAGGGCACAUAAUGUCAAUGGCUCCAUACGACUUGUCCUGGAAGUUUGAAACUACAGCGAAGAUAGAUGAAGUUAAUGAAAAAUGCACAUAUUUCUCCGGCGAGGUUGAGCUCCCCCAACUGGAUAUGAUGUAUGAUGUGACCACACUACCACCCAAGGACGUUGCUGACCUGCUGGUGAAUGCAUAUUUCACCACGGUUCAUCCUCUUUUCCCUGUCCUCCCUAAGGUAAGAUUUUUAUCUCGAUAUAACUCCUAUUAUCAUAACGGAAAUGACCCUGUUGCCAUAUACCCUUGGCUCGCCCUCUUGAAUAUGGUGCUCGCUCUCGGAUCAUUGUGGGCUCGUUAUACACGGAUACCGACAGGUGAAGUAGAGGACCAUCGCCUAUACUGCGCUAGAUCACAGGCCCUGGCACAGGGAAUAGUCGACCCUCGCAGCUAUCCCGACACGCAUUCUUCGUUAGAGCCUAUACAACUCAUCGCAAUCAGGGGAGUAUACCAGCUUGCCACAUAUCAAAUUACAGGGGCAUGGAGAUCAGUUACCACAGCGCUGAAAUUCGCCUAUAACCGAGGUUUGAAUUCAGAAGCCAAGUCAUCUGAGUUUUCUGGUGAAACAAAACAGCUGGAGGCCCGGGUUUGGCACUCACUUCGAUCUCUAGAGCAGUUCCUCUGCGUACUUACGGGGUUUUCGUCCGAAUUACAGGGCCAGCUGAUUCACAUCAGGCAGCUCCAAACUAGCCCGCCUUCCUUUCUCAGAGGCCCUCCUCCACCAGCCGAUUACGAUAUUCUCGGUAGCCCUUCGGAUCUGGAAUUGUCUGCCGUGUACUCCUUCGAUGAGGAGUUCCCAUCAAGUAACUUCUCAGCAGGGAUUCGACUGGAUGAGAUUGUAGGCGAAGCAAUAGCUUCUCUGUACGGCAUGCAAUCCUUUGACAAUACCUGGGCCUAUACCCAGCGCCUGGUAGCCGACCUAGAUAACAAGCUUAACCAGUGGUAUGCAACCAUUGACCCUGGCUUUCCUUACUCCAUCCAAUCCAUCGAUAUCUGCUGCCCUCCCUCCACGAGCCUAACAUACCUGCACCUUCGCUACUUUAGCGCAAAGAUACUCAUCAACAAGCCUGCCCUCUGUGAUCCCGCUGAGUUAAUUCUAAACAUCCCAUACCAAUCCGAGACCUCCAGACAGAUGGAUUCUGAUGCAGCCACGCGCUGCGUCUCCGCUGCUAGACAGAUACUCCAGCUUCUGCCGCUGAAUAUGGAUAUAAUUGAAUUACAUGGAAAGACACCCUGGUGGUGCAUACUUCACUAUAUCGUUCAGGCCAGUUGCAUCUUGAUAAUGGAACUUUCCUUUGACGAGCUUCAUGUACCGUUGGAAAUUAAUGAUCUGAUCCAACAGUCGGAACUAGCUGUUCGCUGGCUGUCUACUCUCUCCGGUACCUGUGAGUCGGCAAAUAAGGCUUGUCUAUGUAUGAACAGCCUGCACCAUCUUGCGCUAUCAAAGCGCGAAAGAGCAUCCCAAGGACGUUGCGAGUAA